AUUUUAUUUUCUCUUUCAAUGGAUGUUCUCCAAUUAAUUCUUUUGUAUACGGUAGAUAGGUAUUGCGUUUAAGAAAAAGCUAACCAUCGUACCGAGAAGCAAGAAGUAGGUAUGUUAGAGAGGCAUCGUCAGAAGAGAGUUCACGGUCGUUUGGUACCAAGAAGUGUGGGUUCUUAGUUUGCAACAAUUUUACCUGUAUAUAAUUUUGAUGGUAUAGUUUAAUUUAUUACGAGAAGCAUGGUAUGUGGAGCUAUAAGAAGAUGUAAAAAAAUAUUUCUCAUUUUAGUCUUUAUUACAACGAUUGUGAUUUUACUAUUUUUAAGAGUAUCCUAUUCCAAAAAGGGUUAUGAAACGAAUUCGAAAUCUAGUCUAAGAAAAAAAUUCAAGAGUGAUUACGUCGAUAAAAACGGCAUAAGCGUCAUUGUGGGCCAUUACGUUGGAAAUCUUGGUUACGAUAAAUCGAAAUUAUCCAACGAUACUUUAAACUUCAAUAAUUUCUCUCCCGAUCCCAAUGCCGGGAAAAAUGGACAACCGGUUGUUAUACCACCCAAAGAUUUCAUAAAAAUGCAGCAGCUGUACCAAAUAAACCAAUUUAAUUUAGUAGCCAGUGAUAAAAUACCCUUGAAUAGAAGUUUGCCCGAUUACAGACGAAAAAUGUGUACUUCAUUAUUUAAAGAUUAUGUUGAAUACCCGAAGACUAGCAUCAUAAUCGUUUUUCAUAAUGAAGCUUGGUCUACAUUAUUAAGAACAGUAUGGAGUGUUAUAAAUAGGUCACCCAAAGAAUUAAUAGAAGAAAUAAUAUUAGUGGAUGACGCAAGUGAGAGAGAUUUUCUGAAGAAACCUUUGGAAGAUUACAUCAGAAGCCUGCCCGUAAACGUGUUAAUAAUAAGAAGCAGCGUUAGAAUAGGGUUGAUCAAAGCCAGAUUAAAGGGUGCCGCACUGGCCAAGGGAGAAGUGCUUACUUUUUUAGACGCGCACUGCGAAUGUACGAUCGGUUGGUUAGAACCGCUUCUAUCUGUGAUAAAUAAUGAUAAGAGAACUGUAAUUUGUCCUACCAUAGAUAUUAUCAAUGACGAUACUUUCGCGUACGUCAAAAGUUUCGAACUCCAUUGGGGAGCUUUCAAUUGGAAUCUUCAAUUCAGGUGGUAUACUUUAGGAGAAAGCGAAAUAAAAUUAAGAAAACGAAACAUCACUCAACCAUUUCAUUCGCCGGUAAUGGCCGGCGGAUUAUUCGCCAUAGACAAACGUUUUUUCUUUGAAAUGGGUUCCUACGAUGAGGAUAUGCUAAUUUGGGGCGGAGAAAAUCUAGAAAUGUCCUUCAGAAUAUGGCAAUGCGGCGGAAAAAUUAAAAUAUCGCCGUGUUCGCGUGUAGGUCAUAUUUUUAGAAAAUCGUCGCCUUACGGGUUUCCAGGAGGAUUGGAUAGGACGUUAUUUUCGAAUUUGGCUAGAGUUGCGUUGGUAUGGCUCGACGAUUGGGCAGCUUUCUUUUUCAAAUUUAAUGAACAACCUAGGUUGGUAAAAUCACGACAGAAUGUCACUCGACGGUUGGAGUUGAAGAAAAAAUUACGUUGCAAAAAUUUCGCUUGGUAUUUGGAAAACGUAUGGCCGCAACAUUUUUUUCCAACAGAAGACAGAUUUUUUGGACGAAUAAGGAAUCUUGGGAAAAAUAUGUGUUUAUUAAAACCUGAUCGAAAAAAUCUUUCUAAUCAACCGGUAGGAACUGCCAGAAUAAAUGUAUGUCUAGGCGAUGCUGUAGAAAUUCAGAUGUUCGUUAUGACUAACGAUGGAUUUAUUAUGACAGAUGAUUCGUUAUGCUUAGAUGCCCAAAAUAGAAAUACCACGUACCAUUCAGGCGUCCGAAUACUACCAUGCUAUAAGUUUCCAAGGCAGAAAUGGGAAUAUGAUCAAAAGAAACAAGAAAUUCGUCACGUCAGCAACAACAAGUGUUUGGAUGUAAAAAGGAAAACCAAUACAGCAACUGAAUUGGUAUUGGCAGAAUGCAAUGGAAGCCGAUAUCAAAAAUGGAAACUUGAAUCUGUACCAUGGAGAUAAUAGCAUGUACAUACAGGGUGGGCCAACGAAAACUUUACACCCCAAUUUACCUGCUUUAAAAUGAAAAUCGGAAAAAAGUUCGAACCCGUUGAUUUUUG